AUGGCAGCUUCGUCCCUGGCUUUCGUGGCGCGCCGUGGCGAGCCCGAGCUAGUCAAGCCGGUCGGACCGACGCCGCGCGAGCUCAAGCGGCUCUCCGACCUCGACGACCAGGAGAGCCUCCGGUUCUACCGCUCCGUCAUCUACUUCUACCGGGGCUGCCCGUCACGGUCGCGCGCCGACCCGGCCAGGGUCAUACGUGGCGGUCUCGCCGCGGCGCUUGUUUACUACUACCCUAUCGCCGGGCGGCUCCGCGAGCUGCCCGGCGGGAAGCUCGUGGUGGACUGCACCGGUGAGGGGGUGUGCUUCGUUGAGGCCGAUGCAGACGUCGUGUUGGACGAGUUUGGCGACAGGCUCUGCCCGCCCGUUCCUUGCGCCGGCGAGCUCCUGUGCUUGCCGGAGAGCAACUCCGCUAUUGUCGUCAACCGAGCACUACUCUAUGUUCAAGUGGGCAUGCCCGAUGAACCCAACAUUUGCAAGCAGGUGGGCAUGCCCAUGGUGUGCAUGCCCAUGGUAGGCAUCCAUGCCAGGUUUGAACGAAUUCCGACACCAUAUGAAAGUUGUGGCACGUCCAGCCAUUUACCGGCCUUUUUGACCGAGAAAAUUCCAGAAACUGCAAAAAGAAAUUCGAAAACUCAAACAACUUCGCAUGGUGUCACGACCCAAGACUACGCGCAGUCUGUGGCGGACACGCUAGUGCUGCGCGGGCGGCCGCGGUUCACCAUGGCGCGCACGUACCUGGUCACGGACCUGACCAGGUCGAACCUGAACGAGGUGGACCUUGGGUGGGGCAAGCCGGUGUACGGUGGCCCGGCCACGACAACGCUAGCCACGUUCCACAUUCCAAUGAAAGGCGGUGGGAUCAUCGUGCCGAUGUGCCUGCCGUCACGCGCCAUGGAGAGGUUUGCGGUCAAUGUGCGUGCAGGGCUGUCGGGGGCUUCUUCUUCCUGUGGCCAUUCCAGUAGCAAGGACUCGACCGUGCUGUCCAAGUUGUAG